UGCUGCCCAAGACGCGCGAAUUCGAACCAAAAAUACGAUCUCUUGAAUUUAACAUUAAGUUCAUGUUCUGUUUGAGGACAUUUCUUGUGGUCACCACUAGAGCUUCAGUCCUACAGAGGUGUAGUUUACAGGUCGUCAGAAGUGUUCAUAUAUCUGGCAAGUGUGUUAUGAUGGCUUCCUCAGGGAAAGAUCCCAUCAAGGCACAAAAAAGGAAGCUCAGUCCAGGGACCUCUAAGGAGAAUGAGGAACCGGCGUCAAAAAAGGCAAGCUCAGAAGAUCUCCAAUCUACCAUUGCAGCUGCUAGAACUGCAGUGUGUAGCUCUGUGGCCGAGUUCAAGUUCAACAAGAAGCGGGUGAGGGUGUUGUCAAAAGCUAAAGACUUUCCAGACGACUGUAAGGGUGUGGUAUACUGGAUGUCCAGGGACCAGAGAGUUCAAGACAACUGGGCCAUGCUGUAUGCCCAGAAGCUCGCCUUGAAACUUGAAGUACCCCUACAUGUGUGUUUCUGCCUCGUGCCACGGUUCCUGGAGGCCACCAUAAGACACUUCAAUUUCAUGCUUGAAGGACUCAAAGAAGUCGAACAGGAAUGUCGAGACCUGGGUAUCACCUUCCAUCUGCUGAUAGGUCCAGCAAAAGACGUACUGCCCAAGUUUGUAACAGACAACCAUAUAGGGGGCGUAGUGACAGACUUCAGUCCCCUUCGUGUGCCCAUGGGUUGGGUGGAUGAUGUAGUGAAGGGUCUACCCAAGGAUAUACCCCUUUGUCAGGUAGACGCCCACAAUCUUGUGCCCUGUUGGGAGGCUUCACCCAAGCUGGAGUAUGGGGCUCGCACCAUUCGCAACAAGAUUCACAACCAGCUGUCUGGAUACCUGACAGAAUUUCCUCCAGUUUGUUCGCACAAAUACACAGACGCUGCGGCCAAGCCCAUAGACUGGGAUGCAGCCUAUGCAAGUCUAGAAGUAGACCAGUCUGUUGGCCCUGUAGACUGGGCGAAACCAGGCACGUCACAUGGUAUAGAGAUGUUGGAGUCGUUCUGUAAGGAGAGGCUAAAGUACUUUGGCAGUGACAGAAACAAUCCGAACAAGAAGGCACUGAGUAAUCUCUCACCAUGGAUACAUUUUGGACAAAUAUCGGCUCAGCGAUGUAUACUGACAGUACGCCAGUACCGCGGGAAAUACAAGGAAGGAGUGGAUGCAUAUAUAGAGGAGGCCAUUAUACGGCGGGAACUCUCUGAUAACUUCUGCUUUUACAACAAACAGUAUGACAGCAUUGAAGGUACAAAUGACUGGGCGAAGAAAACAUUAAAAGAUCAUGAAAAGGAUAAGAGAUCUCAUGUCUACACAAGGGAACAACUAGAACGGGGGAAAACCCACGACCCUCUGUGGAACGCGGCUCAGAACCAGAUGGUGAACGAAGGCAAGAUGCACGGCUUCCUGCGUAUGUACUGGGCCAAGAAAAUACUUGAGUGGACAUCCAGCCCUGGGGAGGCACUUGAGGUCUCCAUAUACCUGAACGAUAAAUACAGUCUGGAUGGAAGGGACCCUAACGGAUAUGUUGGUUGUAUGUGGUCAGUGUGCGGUAUUCAUGACCAGGGUUGGAAGGAGCGGCCCGUGUUUGGGAAGAUUCGCUACAUGAACUAUGAAGGGUGUAAACGCAAGUUUGACGUCACAAGCUUUGAGAUGAAGCAUUGUAAACAGGCCAUCAGCAAGUGAGGGGGUUAAUAUGGUGACAGAAUCAAAGACAGUGGUCAAAGUCAUGUGUUCAAGAUUCUAGAUGGUCUGUGAAUUAUUGUUGUUGAAGUAUCUACCCUUGGAAGAUGAAGAAAAUUAGUAGUACAAUUUCAUUGUCGGUGUUGUGUACAGGUGUAUGCGAAUGAUUUCCAGUAGCAGGACUUUGUCAGGAAGUCUCAGAGAAUGUAUGUACAGUCAAACCCCGUUGGCUUGAAUUCCCAUGUACUGGGGAAAACACAUUGAGUCUAAAAAAAUUUCAAGCCAAGCGGGAAUUCUUACAUUUAGUAUAAAAAUAUCGGUCCUUUACAUCUAGUUCAAGCCAGCGAGGUAUUCCAGCCAAGCGAGUUCGAGCCAACGGGUAUCGACUGUGUGUUAUAAACUAUGGAACGAAAGAGAAAGGCUAAGUUUGCCUUUGGUACUGAAACAGGUAUGGUCUUCUUCAGGUCCCUUAAGUGUUCAAAUAUUUUUUUUGUAUUAUCGGGAUACUGAGAUUUAUAUGUGGAAGCAGCUUUCACUAGUAUAUUUUGAUAAUGCAGUCGAAACUGGCUAUGUUGAACUCUGUAAUCUGGAUGAUACGGUUAUGUCAAACAUUUAUUUUUUUUCGAAUAUUUUGGGCUUAGUUAGACAUGUUUUGCACUUCGGUAAUAAUGCAUUUUUCUUUUAAAUAGUCUGUUUUAAAUGUGUGUUUGACUAUACAUUGUUGCUUUUUUCAAUUGAUAUUUAAUUUUUGAGUUUAAAUUGAUUUGAUUCAUUGUUUGUGACAAAAUACAAGUUCACUACUGAUCUCUAUGUUUAUAAACAUCCUGGUCUUAUACCAUACUUUGUUUAAAUGAUUGUUACAGCCGGACUGUUAAACUGCUAUCCAUAUGGAUGUUUUUUUUUAAGCAAUCAAAAUUAUAGAUCAUUUUUACUUAUCACUUCUGCAUCUUGCCUACAUUGUAUCUAUGUUGCAAUGUUUUUGUGUUCAUGUAAAUUUAAAGUAAUAUGUAUUUCUUGUACAGCAUUUUUGCUUGUGAAAUAUAUGUUUCAUAAGCACUCUGUUAUAUAAUAAUUCUGUUAUAUCUGCAAAAAAUAUCAGUUUCGGUUUUUGAAAUUGAAUCAACCUUAGGACAGCUCUUUUAUAAGCUUAUACAUGUUUUUACAUUAUUUUCAAUCGGAAAUACUUUAUAUAUGGUAUACAUUCAUGCUUUCACUGUAUUUUUACAUUCAUAAUUAGUUCUCCACAAAUAUGUUCUUUAACAGUAAAGAAGGUGUCUUAAUUUUCUAAAUAUUGGGGCGAGAAAUCACUUGACUUCAAAGUUGUUCUUACAUGGGUCUUGUAGAGGCUAAGAAAUAUUUUCAUAUCUUUUCUGUCAAAAAAGUUAUUUAGAAAUUAAAGUCACUUAUUUGUUUGUUUACAUCGGUUGUGACCCAUAUGAGAACCCCUUUGUAUUCACAUGAUUCCACACCCUGAAUAUGUUCAGUAUAAAAGUUGUAGAAAUUUAAAGUGUUGUCCUGGAGUGUUUCCACAGUCAUGUGACUGGAAUCUUUACCUCAGACUACCCACUACCUGAGCUCAGGGUGUUAGGGGAAUCUAUCCUAAGGUUAAAAUUCACAAAUCAAAUACUUUUGCUUUACAAUUUUUUUAUAAAAAUUGAAAUUUACGCUGUUAGCGAUAUAUAUUGCUAUGAGACAUAACAUUUUUAAAGUCUUGUUGAUACAUACGCACCCUACAACUUAUACCUCAAAUAUUCUUUUAAAUCUAUUAAGAGAACAAUGUUCAUGUCAUUUCGUAUUGAAAUCAUUAGAGAUAUAAUUAUACCCCCACCAUGUAGUUUUGUUGGCUAUAUAGGAAUUAUCUUGUCCAGUCUGUCCAUCCGUCCGUCCGUCCUGGGACAUGGGGACUUCUUUUCUCCAUUACUUCAUAUAUUUUUGAGAUACCGGUAUUGACUUCUAAUUUCAUAUAAAGAUAUAUCUCAUUGAGGAGAAGUUCAGUGCACAUGAACCAUAACUCUGGCUGCUGUGGGUUUUUUUAGUUAUUGCCCUUAGAUAGUUUGCAUACUUAUUUUUUUUCCGGAGCAUAUCUUAAAAAUUCAUUGAGGUAUUGACUUCAACUUUAUAUACAGAUAGAUCAUAUUAAGGAGAAGAGCAGGGCACAGGAACCAUAACUCUUGGUGCAGGUUGGCAGUCUGUGGCUGCCCUUCUUAUACUUACUUCCCUGCUUUACUUUAUUUUUUUGAGGUAUUGACUUCCAACUAUACAAAAGAAUCAUUAUUUUGUAUUUGGUCAACACAAUAUUGUUUUAAAAACUAAAGAAAAAAAAUUCAUUUCCUUUUUCCCUGAUGUUAUAGUCCGUAUUUCAAUAUAUUAGGACCAUUUCCUUAAUUGAUGCCUUCUUACCGACAUAGGGUAUUCAAUGAGCAUACAUCACACCAAGUGGUACUUCUUAUUACAAGAAGGUAGUGUAGUGUGGAUAUAAAUCACAUCCAGUGAUAGCUCUAGUUUUUAAUGAUAAAAAAGUUGUUUUCUCAAUUUAAGUGAACAUUCUUUACACAUGAUUUGACUUCUAAUGAUAUUACCUUGAUACAUCGAGCCAGUAAAUAGUUUAUAGGAAUUUGUGCAUGAAUCCAUUUUCAUAACAAAACAUGGAAUUUACAUGUGUACCUCAUGUUUUUACUAUAUUCUUGUUUUAUAAAAUUUUGUAAAAUAAAU